AACGUCUAGGAAAAAACAAUCGAAAUCUGACAAUCGCUUGAGCGUUGUAUCACUUGUAAGUUAUAUCAUAUAUGUAUUUAGAAAUAAAGGUUACGUAUUUGGAUUACGACUUGAUGAACAAUAUUCUAUCAGGUUAUGAAAUAAUAGGAUCUCAAUCAUUACAUUCGAAUACAUUUUAAUCUCUUGAAAUAAUCCUAACGUAUAGUAAUCGACGAUGGUUCAAGUACGAUAUACACGUAAUUUAUUUUUACGAGGAAUUUGCAUUAUAUAUCUUUUUGCUUUUCUUAGUUUUUAUAUACAAAUACCGGGAUUAUAUGGAGAUAAUGGCAUCCUACCGGCUAGAACUCAGCUGGAUCUUAAAAGUCGUUCACCUUUAUUUCAUAAAUUAAGACAGAAACCAACAUUACUGUGGUUUGCUCCUUAUCUUGGGUUAAAUAUAGAAUACAUGUUAGAUGUAUUAUCACUUGUGGGUGUUGCUCUUUCCUUCGCAGGAUUUGUAUCACAAAGAUUUUGUAUUGCAUUGGUAUUUGCACUACUUUGGUCAUUAUAUUAUUCUUUGUAUCAAAUUGGUCAAACAUUUAUGUGGUUUCAAUGGGAUGUACUUUUAUUGGAAGCAGGAUUUUUAUGUAUAUUUGUAGCACCAUUCUGCUAUUCUCAACGUGGAAAGCUAAGUACACCAAGCGAUGCUGUAACCUUUUGGACUGUGCGUUGGCUACUUUUCCGUUUAAUGUUUUCCAGUGGAGUAGUGAAACUUACUUCUGGUUGUCCUGUGUGGUGGAAAUUAAAUGCUUUGAAUGUACAUUUUGAGUCACAGUGUAUACCUACUCAUUUAGCAUGGUACGCACAUCAUUUGCCAACAUGGUUUUUACGUUUUACUACUGUGAUUGUCAAUAUUAUUGAACUUGUCAUUCCAUUUUUGUUCUUCUUUCCAAACAGAAAAGUCAGAAUAAUUGCAUUUUAUACACAGGUAUUUCUUCAGAUACACAUUAUAGCAACAGGAAACUACAAUUUUUUCAACUUUUUAACCAUCUGUUUAUGUAUCUCUUUACUUGAUGAUCAAUUUUUUUAUAAAAAAAAAUCUAAAAAUGGUACUUAUAAUAUCAUAGAAUCUUUUUCUACAAUAUUGUGUAUUGUAGUUUAUGGAGGAAUUUUUUAUGCAACAUAUAUAUAUUACAAUCUUAGAAUAUCUGAUAAUUGGACAAUCCAAAGCGACAUUGCAUUUACGCAGAAACAAUUUGAUUACGUUUUAUCACGAACAAUCCCGGUUUCUAUCUCCAUCGGCAUAAUAUCCCUCGCAUUUACAGUUGUAAAUGCAUUAGUUACGUCUUUAUUAGCCAUUAAAGGAAUACAAAAUAAAAUUUUGGCAACGUUCGUUACGAGUCUUUAUACAGCAGCAGUUUGUUUUAUCUUCGCUAUAAGUAUUGUACCAUAUGCCACCUUACAUCACAGUUAUAAUUCAACGAUACCAGUGCAACUAAAACAGAUACAAGGGAAAGUUGAACAUCUUCAUCUUGUAAAUAGUUAUGGAUUAUUUAGACGUAUGACCGGAGUAGGAGGUAGACUAGAAGUAAUCAUCGAAGGAAGCAAUGACAUUGACGGGCCAUGGAAAGAAUACGAAUUUUUAUAUAAACCAGGAAAUGUUAAUAAUUCAUUACCGUUUGUUGCUCCUCAUCAACCACGGCUCGAUUGGCAAAUGUGGUUUGCUGCGUUAGGUACUUAUCAUCAAAAUCCAUGGUUAAUGUCAUUAGCGUAUCGCCUUUUGAGCGGUCAACCAGAAGUGUUGGCUCUAAUGAAUAACAUAAAAAACCCAUUUGCUGAAAAACCACCUAGAUAUAUUAAAGCUAGUCUUUAUCGUUAUCAUUACACCCCAUGGAGUCAAUCGUGGAAUAAACAAGCUUGGUGGACAAGAGAAAAAAUCGGGGAAUAUUUUCCAAUAUUUAGUCACGAUCACCCACCGCUUCUCGAAUAUUUAUCAAAAAUGAAAAUUAUUCAAGAUAAGCCGACUUUCAAAAUAACAAACGAUUCGUUAAAACUAUUCUUCGAUAGCAUUAGGUCUCUGGUUUACAAAAUCGAAGCUAGCCUUCUCUUAUGGGGAGUUUUUACAGCAGGUUGUACAAUCAUCAUGACUAGUUACAAUAAUUCAAUGUCAAAGAAAAAGUAAGUAUUUAUCUCAUUUUUGUCAUGUUCUCAGUAAAAAAUAAUUCAUAGUUGGUUAUGUUUAUAAAAACGUGCUUGUGUAUAGUUGUAAUCAAGUUUCGUUGUAUCAUACAUAUAAAUUAUUUCAUAAACUAUGCAUAUAUUAUAUUUUUACGAAUACAUAAUCAUCUGCUCAAUACAUUUUUCUUUCUUUUUUUCUAUACAUCUUAAUUAAACAUCUAUUGAUCAUAUGCAUCUAUAUAAAAUUUAGAAAAGGUGUGUGGGAGCGGGGAGAGAACGAAUUUACUGAGAAAAUAUACAAUAUGUUUCCUAUCAAUGAUAUUGUAAAAUAUCUGUACUAAAUUUAUAAGUACGCAUUUUGUUGUCAAAUUUUUUAUACAUGUAUUAAAUCGUUUUACUUUA